AUGGGCAACACAAAAGUCGAUCCGACACCAAGACAGUCCACAUUGAGGCACACUACCACGUCCCAGGCGGCUUCAGCAAGCCAAAAACUGAGCACAAGCGUCAAGGAAAUGCCAGAUUUACAAGAAGAUGACAAGAUGGAUAAAGAGCAGAGUGUAGUCUUAGAGACUAAACCUGAUAGGAUAGCAGCAACAAACACAAGAGUCGAACUACACAUGUGUCAAUUCAAAGCUAUAUUAAUAAAAAGAAUGAUUAUUUUGAAACGGAGCUGCCUGACACUGAUAUCAGUGUUGCUGGUGAAUCUACUUUUGACUGCGGCGUACGUAGCAAGUACCUACGUUGACUUUACUCUGCCAAUGGACUUUAAGCUCAGUGACUACAAAAAUAUCACCAUCCUUGUUGGUAAACCAAGCGACAAAUACUCUGUGGCCGUCUACCACGGGUUGAUGUCUCUUCUUCCUCCUGACGUGCUUGUGGUAGAGCCCAACAGGUCAUUGGCAUUUAACAGAAAUAUAUUUCGAUGGGUCCGCGCCAACAGUAUGCGAAGAUACAAAACGGAGAUGAUGAUGGGCUUUGAGAUUAACCAACCACCAAGUCCUAGUAUCGUUCACUAUCAGGGUUAUUACGUCCACAGUGAGCCCGUCGCGGUAGAUCUUUUCCUGAACGCCCACAUCCGAGCCUGGCUUGGCACUAACUACUCCAUACAAAGCGGGGUUCUACCCGACCAUGUAUCUUCCAGAGAAAUCCAAAUGCCGAUGUUGAGUGUAAUGUGCAUCUUGUUAGCUCUACUCUCCUUGCACACAGUCAUAAUUAGCUGGUUGAUCAGCGAAAGAAAUAGUGGGGCCAGACAGCUUGAAGCUAUGACAGGAGUCCCAGUUUGGAUUUUCUGGUUCGCAAAUUACCUGUUUGAUAUCUGCCUUCAACUAGUUUUUGCUGCCAUGUUCUGGCCAGUCAUUCUGUGUCAGAAGUCGGUGAACAGACUAACUCUACACCUGCCAAUGCUCAUUUUCACUCAGCUGCUUUUUAUGCUGGACAUCCUCCCAUUCUGUUAUUUGUUCCAGACGUUUUUUCUAAGAAUCCCGAACGCAAUAAUCACUUUAAUUGUGUAUAUUGUAGUGAAUUUUUUAACGACUCUGAUGCUAAGUGAUAAAUCUUUCGAGGCGGAAUUCACCACUUAUGUGCUUUACGUUCUUGCGGUCACAUCGCCAUAUUCGAAAUAUUAUGUCGUUCCACUGGGGAUCGCACUUAAUACUUUACAAGAGUCGAUGGAAUAUACCAAAGAACACUCCAUAUUCUUUGCUAUACACGCACUAUGUGCCUGGGGUUUACUUUUCUUCAUGGAAUAUAAAAACACUAUAGGUCUAAGGUCUCAGGUCUUAGAAGGUCAACUUGUGAGUAAAAUUGAAAAGGCUGGAAGGGUAAUUGUUAAUAAAACAGUCACCAGUGCAGACGACGACGUAGAAGCUGAACAAAACCGCAUUUUAAAAACUGAUUUAAAGCUAUUGUUUGACACAGAUGCAUUAAUUCUGGUGAAUGUCAGCAAGAAAUAUAUUGUCAAGAACCAAGUGUUAACAGCAGUUGAAAAUACUUGCCUUGGGAUCCCCAAAAAUGAAUGUUUUGGACUUCUUGGACAAAAUGGCGCAGGGAAAACAACAACAUUCAAAAUACUGACGGGGGAAUAUGCUAGUACAUCAGGCGAUGUUUACUUCAACGGUCUCCAGCUUAAUUCUAACUUGUCUAAAAUCCAUCCAAUGUUAGGUUACUGCCCUCAGGACGAUUAUCUUCAUGGAGACCUCACAGGCAGGGAGUCGCUUUACCUGUUUGGUCGUCUGCGGGGAGUUCCAGAGAAAAGUCUUCCAGGUGUCACGAAUUACCUGAUUAGUGCUGUGUUACUGGACCUGCAUGCCGAUAAAGAGGCGAAAAAAUACAGGUUGUAA